UCUAGGGUUCCGGCCAUGGCCAGCCCGCGGCCGCCCGUCGGCGCCGGGGACGAGGCGAUCUGGAGGAAGCUGCGCGAGGCGGGCUUCGACGAGGAGUCCGUCAGGCGCCUCGACAAGGCCAAGCUCAUCGGCUACAUCUCGCGGAUCGAGUCCGAGCUUAAUGAUUACCAGCACAAUCUCGGGCUUAUAUUAUUGGAGCGAAAGGAGCUGACAUCUGAGAUGGAACAACUUAAAGCUUCCUUGCUCUCUGCCGAGAUCAUGCACAAACGUGAACGAGCUUCCCAGCAAUCUGCUCUUGGUGAAGCAAGAAAGAGAGAAGAAACCCUAAAAAAGAAUGUAGGAGUUCAGAAGGAGUGUGUCGCUAAUCUUGAAAAGGCACUGCAUGAUAUGCGUGCGGAAACAGCUGAACUGAAGGUUUCAUAUGAAACCAAAUCAGCUGCAGCGCUUGAAUUGAUGGACAUUGCUCAAAAGAAAUUUGAUGAGGCAGAAGAGAGGCUUCUUGCAGCAAAAUCCUUGGAAGCAGAGUCCACUCGUGCACGGAACGCUGCUUUGAGAAGUUUACGAGACAUGGAAGAGCGUGAAGAUCAACUUAGAAGAAAUCGCAUUUCUAGUGAAUCUGCGUAUGAGGCCAAAGAAAAGGAGAUUAACUCACAGAGGAAAUCGUUGAAUGAUACCAAGAAAAUGAUGCAUGAAAAGGAGCAGGUACUACUGAAAGAGCAAGCACUGCUUAAUCAGAGGGACGAAAACAUCCUUGAGAGGUUAGCUUAUGUAACUCGCUCAGAGAAAAAGUUAGAAGAGGACAAGUUGAUUCUUGAAGAUCAACGGAUGGUUCUAAUGGAAGAGAAAAAUAAGCUGGAUCUUAAAAUGGAGGCAGUAGCUUCAAGGGAGGAAGCUAUAGCUCGGAAGGAAUCUGUGCUUGACAAACGGGAGAGUGAGUUGUUGAUUCUCCAAGAAACUAUUGCAGAUAAAGAACGGGUGGAGAUUGAAAGGCUCAAUCAGGAACAAGAAAUGGCACUGGAGAAUAGAAAGUCUAAAUUUGAAACUGAGAUAGAGAAUAAGCGUUUGGCCUUCGAGGCGGAAAUGGGCACGAAGAUGACUUUGCUGGAUCAAAGAGAAAGAGCUCUCAGUGAGAGAGAGCUGGCAUUUGCUCAAAGGGAACAAAAUGCUGACCUUCGGCUGGCUGAAUUAGUAAGCAAGGAAGAGGCCUUAUCAGGGAGAUCAGAUGAGUUGAAAGAGGAGGAAGGAAAGCUCCUCUCUGAUAGAGAAGCAUUACACAUCGAACUACAAAAAGAAAGAGAGGAAAUACAGAAGAUGAAAUUAGAUUUGGAGAAGGAAAAGGCUUUCUUUGAGGAGGUGAAACUGGAAGCAAUCCAUGCGCAGCAAAACCUUGCAAUAACCCAAGCAGAGAGAGACAAUGUGCUUACUUUGCAGAUGGAUCUUAAAGAAGAAAUUGACAAUCUUAGAGCUCAACAAAAGGAGCUCAUGGCUGAUGCUGAUAGGCUGCAAGGAGAAAAAGAAAGAUUUGAGAUCGAAUGGGAGUUCAUUGAUGAAAAGAAAGAGGAGUUACAAAAGGAAGCUGCCAGAAUUGCUGAAGAGCGAAGAGUAAUAACUGAGCAUCUCAAAAAUCAAUCAGAUAUCAUCAAACAAGAGAAGGAAAAUUUAUGGGCCCAGUUCAAAAGUAAUUCAGAAACCCUCUCCCGUGACCAUGAAGAGCUAAUGAGCAAGAUGCAGCUAGAACAUGCAAGUUGGCUAAGUACGAUUCAGCGUGAGAGAGAAGAUCUUACAAGAGACAUUGAUAAUCAGAGAAUGGAGUUACUAAAUUUGGCCAAGGCAAGGCAGAUGGAAAUAGAUUCUAAAUUUAGGGAAAGAGAAGAAGAGUUUGAGCAGAAAAAGUCCAAGGAGCUUGAGUACGUAAAUUCUCAAAAGGAGACGAUCAAGUCAAAACUAGAGCAUGUUGCGCUUGAACUGCAGAAACUUGAGGAUGAGAGGAAAGAGGCUACUUUGGAGCGUGAGAAGAGAGAGCAAGAGCUGUCUGAGAUGAAAACUACAAUUGAAGCCCUUAAUAAUCAACGAGAGAAGCUGCAGGAGCAAAGAAAACUGCUUCAUUCAGACCGUGAAGCAAUAACAGAGCAAAUUCAGCAACUUAAUGUGUUGGAAGAACUGAAAAUCGAUUCCGAGAGUAAACAACUGUCUUUGAUUGAGUGUGGAAAGUCAAAGAUGAAUGAGAAUGGUGUCCUCCCUUCUGGUGAAAAUCAUGAUGCAACUCCUAGGAACUGUUCACCAAAGCUUCUCGACAGGAAACUAGAAGUGUCACCUUCAGCCCCCACACCAAUAUCCUGGGUUCGAAAAUGUGCGCAGGUGAUAUUCAAACGCUCUGCUGAGAAGAGCGCUGAUCAUGAUAAUGUUCAUAAUGGUGUACCAAGAAACCUUCCGAAACCUGUUGAUAUCGCUAAUCAGCUAGGCGACGAAGCUGGAGAAGUACCUCAAGUUGGGAAAAAGAGGUCUUAUCUGUUUGCUUGUGAUCAAAUCGAAGAUUUAGAGCCAAGCCGAAAGUACCAAAGGAGCACUAUUCAGACCGUAGUUGGAGGAGAAAUUACUUCAAACUGCCCAUCAAUCCUAGAAGAGAAGUGUUCGAAAAAUGUACAUGAUGAUCUGGCAUUUGCAAAUGGUAAAGUUGAUGAGUCAGAUUUUGCUGAUGAUGAUGAACCUUCAGAGGAUAUCACAGUGUCUGCAACUGAACCAUCUAAUGGAUUGCUUGAUAAGCAAGAGGACGAUGCUAACGGUGAAGAGGAAGAGGAAGAGGAAGAGGAAGAGGAAGAUGAAGAUGAAGAUGAAGAAGAGGAAACAUCGCCAGGGAAGAAGUUGUGGCGAUUUCUCAUCACAUGAGUAGGUUCCACUUAUGAUAGAGAUACAGAGCUGACUGUAGGCUGACAGUUACCUCUGAUGAAGAUACUUUUCUUUAGGUCCAUUCAUCUGCAUCUCCACCUUCCAUAUUGAACGGUGGCAUGUUGUUGGGUACUUGUUGGUUGUGUGCCUGUUAUUACCAGCGGUGGUUUUCGAAGCAGCUGUGGAACUACGUGAUCUAUUUUGUGUUUUCACAUCCCGGCCACUUCAACAUCUAAAGGGUUGAUAGCUUCCUGAAUGUGUACAAAUGAUUGGGGUCUAGGAAAGCCCAUAUGGCCAUUGGUAGUAGUUGUGUGCAAAAUGGUGUUGGUAUUCGCCUGUGCUAUUGUCUUUUCAGUGACAUAAUUUCAUCUUAAUGCGUGAUCCUGUGUUCUAUAUUUGAUAUCAUGUCAUGCAGAGUUGCCUCCA